AUGGCAUUGCCAUUGUACAUGCUGCUCUUGUCAAAGUCGAACAAGAAGUACAUGACGUACGUCCACGAGGACGGUGAUCACCAUGGCUUCCUCCAGUUCUCCGGUGUAGACGUUGCCAGCCCUUACGCCAGGUUCGAGAUCGAGCCCGCCAAAACGAAAAAGGCGUACGUCCACAUUCGAUGCUGCUACAACAACAGGUACCUGGUGCGGAAGUCGGAGCAAGACAGCGUCAUCAUGACUCGAGCCAAAGCCACGGACGAGGACGACUCGAAAUGGUCAUGCACCCUCUUCGAGCCCAUCCUAUUCCCCACCGCCGGCUCGAGCCACGACGACGGUCCCAUCCUGCCCGACAACCACUACAACAACAACAACUUCCUCUACGCAGCAGCAGCAGCAGCGAAAAAUAAGUCCGAAGAACACGGCGGUACCAGCGCCGAGUUCGCGGUGGUGAACUGGGAGUCGCUGGUGAUCCUGCCGCGCCACGUCACGUUCAACAACGCGAAAGACUACCUGAACGUGGAUUAUAACAAGCAUCGCGAUCUGCAGGCGCUGCGGUUCGGGUCGGACGAUGUCGGCGACCCGGCGGUGGGUUACGAGGUUUUCGCCAACGUGGACGGGAGCGUGAGGGUGAAGUCGAGCAUGGUGGGGAAGUUCUGGAAAGUGGACGGUGAGGGCGGGCUGGUUGAAGCUGUCGUCGAUGAGAAGAAGAGUUUGGAGGAGAGGCUUUGCUGGUUCUGGCCGGUCAAGCUGGUCGAACCGAACGCGGUGGCGCUUCGCUGCGUCGGCAACGGGAAGUUCUGCGGGUUUAGUGACGCUCCUGGACGCGCGCCAGGAUCUACAACGAAGCCAUCAUCUCGCCUCGGGGAUGGUCUGCAACGCCACCGACACGGCCAACAGCGCGGCGGUGAAGCUGUCGUACGCGGAGGCGAAGAGCAGCACGUGGACCAAAGCCGUGUCGCUGACGGUCGGCGUGCGCUCGACGUUGGAGUCCGGGCAAGCUGGAGAUCUCGGUGGACUUCUCCGGCUCCUACGAGUGGGGGGGAAACACUUGGGCAGACGUCGGAGGUGGACACGCUCUACGACGUGGCGAUGCCGGGGAAGAGCCACGUGGCGGUCGGCGUGGUGGCGACGAGGGGAACCUGCGACGUGCCGUGCUAUUGUGUACACAUCGAUAAUACAUGA